GACCUAGUCAAACCAUUUUUUGCAUCAUUUAUUAGCUAAAUCAUGCAGGUACACCCAACAACGUUACACACAGAUAAACGAGUGUUACAAACAAGAGCUAAGAAAAAAAAAUCAGUCUACAAAUUAUUAGGAUGUAAAUCUGCAACAGACACAAGGAUUAUAUAAUAAGAACGUCAAAUGUAUAGAAGUAGUACAAGUACAAAAACCAAAGGGACAUAAUAAAAUGGGUCUCAAAUGAAAUAAAAAGGUCUCUAAUGAAAUCACAUUACACAAGUCUUCUGUAGUACUUCAACUGAAAGUGGGCAAUCGGAAGAUAGAUGCCCAUAAGCAUCAUUCUGAAAAGAGUACCGUUAAGUACAAACAAAAAAGAAUGAAAGAAAAAGCUGAAACAAGACAAUAAAUAGACACUCUUUAGUCAAGUCUUUUUUUAGCAUUCCACUUUUUAAGUUCUUAAUUUUAGCAAAUAGAAACUUAAGAAAUUCUAGAUUCCUGAAAACGUGAGGACAAAAAUCGACAUACUAUGCAACAGCUAUAAUGGCCUCUAUUCUAACUUGCACAGUCAGGAAUUGACUAACAAUAGAGGCUGUGUAGUCUUUAGUCUUGGACUAGUAUAAAGGUAGGGGUGACAGCAGUCAGUCAACAAGCAGAAUCAGCUUCAGCUUCUCAUUUGUGGAACUACUGAGGAUCAAUCACCGCAACCAUGAGGGUCACCUUUUAUGAGGAAAAGAAUUUCCAGGGUCGCUCCUAUGACUGUACUGGAGACUGUGCUGAUUUCUCCUCCUAUAUGAACCGUUGUCACUCUUGCAGAGUGCACAGUGGAUGCUGGAUGAUGUAUGAUCAACCAAAUUAUAUGGGAAAUCAGUUUUUCUUUAGGAGGGGAGAAUAUGCUGAUUACAUGUCUAUGUUUGGAAUGAACAACUGCAUCAGGUCCUGCCGUAUGAUCCCUAUGCACAGGGGAUCCUACAGAAUGAGGAUCUACGAGAGGGAGAACUUCAUGGGCCAGAUGCACGAGAUGAUGGAUGACUGUGACAACAUCAUGGACCGUUACCGCAUGUCUCACUGCCAGUCCUGCCAUGUGAUGGAAGGCCACUGGCUCAUGUAUGAGCAGCCCCACUACAGAGGCAAGAUGUUGUACUUCGGCCCUGGAGAGUACAGGAACUUCAGCAAUAUGGGUGGCAUGAAAUUCAUGAGCAUGAGGCAUAUCAUGGACUCCUGGUACUAG